GUUAUAGGUAGGUUAAUUACUUCCUGUGGAGCAGAGCCUCCUUUUGUGUUAACAAUAGAUUCUUUGUUGUAAAGAGGCCCUGCGCGUUUCUCUUGUUUUUGGUGCAUGUAUGAUCUCUGUUUUGUCAGUUGUUACUUUUGUCUAUCUUGUUUAAUGUUAAACCCUUGUCAAAUCUUGAACUGACUCAGCCGCUUAGCUAGUUCUAGCACUCAACUCUGCCAACACUAAACCCUCUGGCCUGUGGAAGACUACUUGUAUACAAUAUAUCUCCGCAUACUCCACUGCUGUAUUCACACGUGAGGCUGUGUUUGGAUCUUGUAAGCUGAAAAGGAAUUAGUAUCGGAGAGAACAUGCACUGCACCUGGUUGAUGCUGCUACUGACCCUAGCUACUGUUACCAGGAGUGAGCACUAUCACAUUGUGCCAGUGGAUUCAACUGACUUGUGUCAUGACUAUCAAAAUGGAACUUGUUUCACUCUCGAGCAGCUUGUUCAAACAGACCUGUUAUCUGGUGGAGACAAUCUCACCUUGAGCUUUCUACCUGGAGAUCAUUUAUUAAGUGAAAUGCUUUACAUUUGUAAUUUCACAGAGGUGAUUAUUGCUGGCCAAAAUGCCACCAUCAAUUUGAACAAUUCUGGUAGAGUGCAGAUAUCUAAUAUCAGUGCGUUGAGUAUUGAAGGAGGUUUGCAUUUCACUGGAGCAAGUGAUGAAAGUAGUUCAGGCUACAUGAACAUUUCUCAAUGCUAUUUGGUAGACUUGAAAUUGCUAAAGUUGGAAGCUUGUACACUCGGGAUCACUCGUACGGUAACUGUGACGAUUGAACAAGUUCUCUUUGUGAACAACACUAGCACUGACAGAGCAUUGAUUGUUAAGGCUGAUACUGUGUAUAUUGAAAAGAGCGACUUCUUCAGUAACAAUGGCGGUGGAGCAGUUCACAUUGAAUCAAGUCAAACUGUUAUUAAUGGUUCAAGGUUCGAUUCCAAUACUGCUGCAUAUGGUGGAGCAGUGUUUGUGGCCUCUGCAAAUGUGACUAUCAGUUGGAGCAACUUUACAAAUAAUAGCGCUUAUUAUAAUGGUGGAGCGAUUAGUACUUCCGAAAGUAAUUUGUCCAUAUACAACUGUGCGCUACUAAACAAUAGUGCUAUCGUUGGCGGUGGAGCAAUUAAUAGCCUGGAAGGGAGUGUCUCAAUCUCCGACAGUGAGCUAGCGUACAACAGUGCUGAAUAUGGUGGAGCGAUUUCCACCUUUGAAAGUAAUUUGUCCAUAUACAACUGUGCGCUACUAAACAAUAGUGCUAUCGUUGAUGGUGGAGCAAUUAUUAGCCUGGAAGGGAGUGUCUCAAUCUCCGACAGUGAGUUAGCGUACAACAGUGCUGAAUAUGGUGGAGCAAUUUCCACCUUCAAAAUGGAGCAAUUAUUAGCCUGGAAGGGAGUGUCUCAAUCUCCGACAGUGAGCUAG